AUGAGACUCUCAAUCCUCUCCGUCCUCUCCCUCGUUGGCGCCGGCAUGGUGUCCGCCCUUCCCCAGGAGUCCAACCUCUCCGUGAAGCGCGGUGAUACCUCGGACUGUGUCGGCCCUCUUCUCUGCUGUGGUACUCUCACCACUCCUCUCGACCCCCUUGUCGACCCCAUCCUGUUGGCACUUGGCAUCGAUGCUGCCAACAUCGUUGGGUCUAUUGGUCUUCUCUGCCACGCGUACGAGAAAUCCAGUUGUACCACCGCACCCCAGUGCUGCACCGAGGCCAACGUCUUGGGUGGGACCCUUGCUCUCGGAUGCGCGGAUCAGAAGUAA